UUACAUUUAUGUAGUGUGUGUGUACUUCAGCGCUUGGUGCGUUGUAAAAUGUUGCCUAGAGGUCGCUCAGAAUCAAUGUCAACGUUCCGUUUAUAGUUUGAUAAAUCUCGUAGAAGUGGGAAAUCCUUAUCUCCGAUGUUUAUAUCUGAAGACACAGGUGUAUAACAAAUCUUUCAAGUCACCGAACUUCUGUAUUUGAGAGCAGAUGACUUUCUUCAAUUUUCGGAAAAGUUCAUCAGCGUCUGUUGACAGAGGAUGGGCUUGGAUCGUUCUUCUUGCCUGCUUUUUGGAAUACUUCAUAAUCCUAGGAAUGUUUAAGUCAUUCGGGCUAUUUUUUGUACAAUAUCAGAAGAAAUAUGAGACAAGUGCUUCCAUACUCUCUAUGGUGCUCUCUGUUCAGACCAUUGUAGCCAGUGUAAGCUCAAUCAUCAUCAUGGGAAUUGGAACUAGAUACUUAACAGAAAGGACAAUGGUCAUGUGUGCGGCCGUCAUAGGAUUAGCGUGCCAGUUAGGAAAUGCUUAUGCACCGUUUGCAGAAUUUUUGUUUUUGACACACAGUGCUCUAUUUGCUAUCUCGGCAAUGUUUGCUCAUCUGCCCUCAAUGUUGAUGGUAGGGAAAUACUUUGAAAAACACCGUGGAAUGGCCAAUGCAGUUGCUAAUGUUGGUGGAAGUUUGGGUGGCUUGGCUUUACCAUUUCUAUUGACCUUUCUAUUAAAGGAAUACGGUUUGGAAGGUACACUUACUGUAGCUGGGGGAUUGUAUCUUCACUUUUUUCCUAUUGGGUUACUAAUGAGACCAAUUGAUAGAGGACAAGGAAAGAAAGAAAGUAUAAAUGAAGAACAGGGCAAGUUAUCUGAUAACAAGGAUCAGAACGAACACCUUAUUCCAAAAGACAAGGAACAAAGCUUAAGUGUUGAAUUUGAAAUUCGAAAUACAUUCACUGGUUCUAAACACUCUCUUCAUUUAAAUGGAAAAUCCCAUUCUUUAACAAACAUUGAUUCUGUACACAAACGAAAUGGAAAACUACAGUCAGUAGAAUUGUGCGGAAGCUCAAUGAACCUUGCAAGUACAGUAUCCUUAGAUAUGAUUAAUACAACACAAUCAAAGAAUCAAAUGAACUCUAAUUACAAUGAAGAUAGGAAUUGUUGUGUUCAGUUUUUGUUUGUGUUAUUUGACUUUUCUUUGUUCAAAAAUGCCAAAUUCGUUAUCUUGAUGGUGUUUUCUUUUCUUGUUGCUGCUGGUUGUACUAUUCCUGUAACCUACAUAGCACCAUUUGCAAAAGACAAAGGGUUAGAAACAGAAAUGAUUGGAUACCUCCUUACAAUUUCAGCAGCAAGUGACUUAACUGGAAGAAUUUUGUUUAUAUUCAUCUCUGAUAACAAAAAGAUCCAAAGAUGUCAUAUGAUGAUCAUUGCAAUUAUGGCAAAUGGAAUUGUAUGUUUGAUGGCAUCGUUCUAUAACGAUUUUGUUACGCUAGCAGUAUUUGGCAUUCUGCAAGCGUCAUUUGGUGGUACAUACUAUUCAUUAAUAAACGUUGUAAUAGUUGAUUUCAUAGGAUUAGAAAAUCUUAGCCAUGGUUUAGUUAUGGGCACCGUAACAAGAGGCACAUCAAUUGCCAUUACAUCAACUUUAGUCGGUAUUAUACGAGACAAGACUGGGUCGUAUGUUGGUGGAUUCUACCUCAUGGGGAUAUGUUUGAUUCUUGGUGGAGUUUUAUUGUUACUGAAGCCUUUGAUAUCCAAAUGAAUAUGUUUUCAUGAGCUUAGGUUGUACUUUUGUUUACCGAAGGGAGAAAAUAUAUAUAAACAUAUGUAUAAUGUAUAA